GGGGCCGUCGCGGCGCUCCCUGCGCGGGGCCCGGCGGUGCCGGGGCCGCCCCGCCGCCCCUCGGCAGCUCCCGUCGGCCGCGGAUGCGCCGCUCCGCCCCGGCUGCCGCCGAAGGAAGAAAAGUUUGGGGGCGACUUAGGGCCGCCGGAGCGCCGGAGGAGAAGAAGGAUGCGCGGUUUCCCCGGCUGAUCGGGAAGGAAGGAUGACCAAGGGAGGAUGUGCACCAGCAGUCAGAUCAUCGGGAGCCUCCUGGUGCUCUCCGUGCUGGAGAUAGGGUUAGGGGUGUCCAGCGUGGCCGUGGGGGCGGUCAGUUUCAGCCUGGUCCUCACAGAGCAUAAACCUCAGCUGGGAGACUCUUCUCCGUUCCUGCUUUGCGGCAUAUGUGGAAUAUUGUGCGCCAAAAAAAAAUCUGGACUUGUUAUGAUACUUUUUUCUGCCUGUUGCAUCUGUGGACUAAUUGGAGGAAUCUUAAAUUUUCAAUUUCUUCGUGCUCUGACAAAGAAGUCAUCUGCUCUCUAUUCUUUGCAUCUUGCCUCCAUGUCUCUUGCAUGCAUUGGAAUUGGUGGUUGCACCCUUUCUUCAUGGCUCACUUGUCGGCUAGCCAGCUAUGAACAAAGGCGAAUGUUCUCAGAAAGAGAACAUUCAUUGCAUCACUCCCAUGAAAUGGCAGAAAAAGAAAUGACAGACAAUCUAAGCAACGGUGGCCCACAUCUGAUUUAUAAUGGAAGUGUAUAUUAAAGAGAUUUUUAAAAGUUCCAUGGAAAGAAGUGGUUUUAGAAUUUUCUUCAGGAAAAAAAAAAGACUCCAAGAAAUUGAGAAAAUGGAACUAUCUUAGCUUUUAUGGCUCAAAUGUCACAACUGCAGACCAGCACAUUUGCAAUUCCCUUUCAGAACCAUGUUCAAAAUUUGUCUUCUAAACAUUUUGCGGAUAUACAGUAUUUAUUCACUUCCUGGCUACUGUCUCUCAGUUUUUGUCUGAAUAACUUUUCAGAAUCGUGAUAGUAUUUGAAAUAGACUUCUCAAGAUUCUUAUUCUCAUGAAGACUCAAAAAACAGAAAAAAAAAUAAUUAAACUGGACCACAUUUAGCCAGCUCAUAGAAGGCAGAGGAAGAAUGGCUCAGGGGAAUCUUAUUCUCCUCUCCACUUAGCAGCAUCUAGUGUGAUAUGAUGGCUUCAGAUCAUGGCAUGGUACAGCAACACAUCUGCACAGUCUCCCUCCACACAUUUGGAAUGCAUCCUGCCUCAGUUUUCCUAUCCUCAGUAGAUCAUAUCAAAAGAGAGUGCAAAUUCUUCUUCCAAAAGGCUCCCAUUUCAUAUACAGAGAGUAAAUGAACAGUGUGCUGAAAACAACACCAAUGUCUUUGUUUUGAAAGACAGAAUGCUCUAAGAAUGCCAUAACUCAAAACCUCAAUAAUGCCUUCUUGUAAAGAAAUUGUAAAUAUUUCCAAUUUGUGAAUGAAGUAUAUUUCGUAAUUUGUUCAUAAAAGAUGACAAAUAAAAUGAAAACUAAACCAGA